AUGUCCUCCCGACUACUUCAUCCAGACGAGUACGAGUUGGAUUUGCGAUCGUCCAUCGAUUCCCAGGGCACCUUCAAUCUCGAUGAUGCCGACUUCGAGUCACAGUCGGUCCCUAGCCGCAGCAAAUUGCUUGACCGAGCACCUCUAAUAUCACGUAUCUUCGGCUCAAAUUACACCACCGGAUAUCGUCGUCUGAAUGUCCCGAAACCUUUCGCUAGAACCUCGAGAUGGGGGAAGUGCUACCGGCUCUGCCUGAAUCGCCGCGUAUGGUUGUAUAUUCAGAGUUUCUUUGGUAUCAUAUUCGCCCUCUUAGUUCUAGCAACCGCGUUUUUCCCUUCAUAUUCUCGGCCGCCUUCACAUUAUGCCACUCUCCGCGAUACCGUCCAAAAAUCAACCUCUCCCGGUCGAGGCAAUCCUCGCAAUGAGAAAGUUUUCAUUGCCGCUAGCUUAUACGACCGUGCCGGAGAUAUAGCGGGGGGCUUGUGGGGCCAGAGUGUUCUGAGACUGGUUGAUUUACUCGGUGAAGAGAACGUAUUCUUAAGCAUUUACGAAAAUGAUAGCGGAUCAGCAGGCGCAGGCGCGUUGCGAGACCUUGAGGCCCAUGUUCCUUGCAAUAAUUCGAUUGUAUACGAGGACAGUUUGGAUUUUGACAGUUUGCAUUCCGUGACCGUCCCUGGUGGAUCGAAACGGAUAAGGCGCAUUGAAUACUUGGCUGAGGUCCGGAACCGAGCCCUACGACCCUUAGAAACACACCAGGAUAUGCAGUUUGAUAAACUUUUAUACCUGAACGACGUUGCUUUUGAUCCUGUUGACGCACUUCAGCUUCUAUUCUCUACCCAUGUUGAUGACGAUGGGAUCGCACGGUACCGGGCUGCCUGCGCUGUUGAUUUCAUCAACCCAUUCAAGUUCUACGACACUUAUGCGACGCGCGACCUGCAAGGCUUUGGCAUGGGUCUUCCUUUCUUUCCCUGGUUUUCUAAUGUAGGCGAUGGGCUGAGCCGCAAGGAUGUUUUAUCGGGAACCGAUUCUGUCCGGGUUCGCAGCUGUUGGGGAGGUAUGGUUGCAUUCGAUGCUCGGUUCUUUCAACUUCCAACUGCAGGGCCUGAUCGAGACCAUCCUCUCCGGUUUCGCGCAUCGAACGAUGCAUUUUGGGAAGCUUCUGAAUGCUGCCUUAUACAUGCAGAUAUUCAAGAUGUACCAAUCAAUCCUGAGGAGAUUACGGACACAGGGGUUUAUAUGAACCCAUUCGUGCGGGUGGCAUACGACAGCCGGACAUUGUCAUGGCUAGGUUUCGCCCGUCGACCCGAGCGGCUUUAUACCCUCAUCCACAACAUCUUAAACCCUCUGGUUUCCCUGCCGCGAUUCAACCCUCGUCGCACCGAGGUUCCAGGGCAACGUGUCACGGAAACUGCUUGGGUUCCGGAUGAGAACGACAAUGGCGGGGGCUCGUUCCAGGAAGCUAAACGGAUAGCCUCGAACGAUGGCUUUUGUGGACGCCCGGGGCUCCAAGUGAUUGUCGAGGACCGAACUCAGGAGCCUGGAGUAGGCGACGCGAAUGGCGAUUUUAACAAACCCAUGAUCGACUUCGAAGCGGACGAGGCUGCCACCUCUACUCAAGCCGCAGCUGUUGAUUCGCGUGCUCCUACUCCCGAAAGCGAGAAAGCUCAGCCCGAAAAGGAAGAAGACCUGCUGUCUCUGGUGCAUGGUGGUAUGGUUGAGAGUGUUUCUAUCACCCCGACUGGGAAUGCCCAUGUCUUGUUCUGCGACCCUGUUUCGUGCAAGGCUUUCUAUGAUAAAUAUCCGAAUGGGAUUGAUCUGGACAAGGAAAGAAAGUUCACAGUCUUUGUGGACCGCGGCGAAGAUGUUGAUGUGAUCAGUUCGCAGCUCUCAUUCAACCUGUCUGUCGGUUCGACUCGCGUCGUUCGCGCAGUCGGUGUAGAUAUGGGAGCCACAAUGAAGGAAAUAGUCGAGAUUGCCACUGCCAGCCACCGCAAAGUUGAAAAAAUUAUCGACAGUUACGUCCCCGGCUGUCCCCGCUCCGUCAGUUUUCGCUUCUGCAGCAUCGACGAUGCGGUUCGCUUUCGCGCUGCCAUAAUCCGCAAUGAAGAUUGGGAGCACUGCAACGUGCAGUAUGCCACUGACCCGUAA